AUGGACUUGCCCUCCGGCAGCAAGAACCCGAGACUCGUACUGAGGAAUUUGGAUUCUUUACUCUACAAGUGCUUGGCUCUAAUCGGCCUUGCUCUGUUUUUCAGAGCCGUCGUUGUUCUUCCCCUCUCUAGCUAUGGUGGGAUGCGCCCACAGAAGCUCGAUUUGGGUCAGAGCUUGUCUUCUGACAACGGAAUCCGUCAGAACAAGUUCUUGGAAGUGCCGCAGAUAGUAUGGGGGCUAAACAAUCAGAAGAUAGCAUUUGCAAGAGCUUGCCUGACUGCUAGAAUGCUCAACCGCGCGCUGCUAAUGCCUAGCCUCAGUGCAUCUCUGUUUUACAAGGAAGUGGACCGCCUACAGCCCAUCUCCUUCGACAGAGUUUUCCAAUUUGAGAAGUUCAAUUCGCUCUGUAGCGGGUUUGUGCAGUUGGGUCGCUACUCGGAUAUCAGAAAUGAGACUGGAGUUUAUGAGGUUCAGAAGGGGAGUGGAAGGCGGUGGACGGUUCAGAGGGAUCUGGAUCAAUUGAAACAGGUGAGUAUGGAUCCUGUUGAUGGCCAUGAAGUCCUGAGAAUUGUUGGGAAGAACCCAUUUCUGUGGCAGGACCAUUGGCCAGUUAAAGACUAUGCCAGAGUGUUUGAAUGUUUGGUUCUGGUAGAUGAGAUAGCCAGAGAGGCAGACAGAGUCGUGUCCAAGAUUAGGGAUACUGGGAAGCAAUUGAGGUCUGGAGAUGACGAUGAACAUGAUGGCUUGUCUUCGCAGCAAGUUCCUUACAUCGCGGUUCACAUGAGGAUAGAGAUAGACUGGAUGAUCCACUGCAAGAAGUUGGAGCAAAGAUCAAACAUUACCCAAAUUUGCAGCAGCAAAAAGGAGAUCAUGGAAAGAGUUGGAAACAUUAGGGGGAUUAAACCACCAACCAUGGUCUAUCUUGCUGUCGCCGAUAGCCUGUUGGAAGAUUCUUCGAUACUAACCGGCUGGAGCGAAGGUUUGGUUCCUAUCGAGAAGAAGAAACUUGGCGUGGACGGAAUCUACAAGAAGUACCCAUAUCUAAUUCAAUCAGCUAUUGAUUAUGAGGUGUGCUUGAGGUCAGAUGUGUUUGUAGGGAACAGUUUCUCGACGUUUUCGAGCCUCGUUGCGCUCGAUAGAACUCAGAAGACGAUUAGGAUGGGCUUGGCGACGGGCAGCAGCUCCUGUGGAGUGGAUGUGAGAUGGCCUUCUUAUGCAUACAACAUUUUAGGUGAAUCAAAUGGGCCUCACAGAUGGAUGACAAAUAUGUCUGAUUCCAGCCUUCAAGCAAUCAGCUAUGGUACGAAUGUCAUCUCUUGUUGA